AUGGCUGACUCAGACGCCAGCGCGGACACAGAUGCGUCCAUUAGGCGCAAGAGAACGGCUGCGCGUCCUCCGUUAGCGGGCUCUACAGGCUCGGAAACGGAGACCGACGAGCGAGUACGCGCGAAGGAAAAUAAGGCGCGAAGGGGGAGGCCCAUUGGAUCUGGGAGGGGGACGGUCUUGACCCGUGCGCGCGCACAAUUGCGCAAUAUGGAGGCUGAGGCCAGAGAGCGGGAGUUUGAGCGCGCGCUUGAGGCGCGCGCUUUUCGGAAGAAGCCUGAAAAGGCGGAUAAGGCGGGGAAGGCCGUUUUCGAGUUCGGCUCGGAUUUGUCGGCCUCUGAGAGCCGGAAAGAAGGCAUCUCUGCUAGAGAUGUGCAGGGUCUGAGAGCGGAAGCAGGACGCAGCGUGACGGAGAUUCUCCAUGUUGCCAGGACCUCUGGCAACCUGAAGGGGGAAUAUGUCCGCCGUCUGAAGCUGGCUGCUGAGGCCCUGACGGGGAUAGUGGACGCCCUGGCGGAUCGCUCCUCGAAUGAGGAGACGAGGAAGGUGGCUGCCGACAAUGAGCGGCUGCGCAAGGAGGUGGAGAACCUGAAGGCGGAGGUUGGCGGCAGUGUCGUUUCGAACGUAGGGGGAGGCGAACGCUCGCCAGAAGUUCCCGCCAAAAUGAUCGCGAAAGCUACAGCAUUGAUGUUGAUUGCUUUUGUACAAAUUGCCACUAGUUUUGAUUCAAAAAAUAUUAUAUUUACAAUCGUCAGUCAAUCGGAGCCUUUUCACGCCAGCGUUGCAACGCGACUCAAGCAUGAUAUACAAAAUCAAGUUUUUGAGUUGGAAAAGCGUUACCCAACGGUGCAUAUAACACAUGAAGACUUUCCUGUAGCUGGCGCUUGGACUAUAAUUCCUUUACUCAGGCCACUGGUCACCAAAUAUAAAGGUAGUGAUGUCCGAUGGAUUCUAUUUGUGGAGCCACAUACUGCUGUACGUUGCAGCAAACUUUUUGAAGCUUUGGCAUCGGCUGAUAAACAUGAAUCAAUGUGGAUAGGCUAUCCUCUGAGUGAUGAUGAACCAACAAUAAUACAUCAUUUCGCCUUUUACGAAGAUCUAGAAGACGAUGGCGGCUUUGUUUAUCCUCAUUUUGCAAGUGGUUUCGCUAUGAGGAUAGAAUUAAUGAAUACGCUUCUUCAUCAAAUAGAAAAUGGUGAGAGGAAGUUGGAAGCAGAUUUCUCAAUAGAUCCAGCGUUCGAGCUGGCACAGCUAGUGUACGGCAACAGAGAAAACCCAGGCCCGCUGUUGACACCUGAUUUGAGCUUUUGUGUCGUCUCUGGGGAUAACUGUGCUACGUAUCCACGACAGUUCGAUAUAUGCGGCAGUCCGGUGCCUGAACAAUCGAUAUACUUCGCUGUGAAGACUUGGAGCGGCUUUCAUUCUACAAGAGCAAAAGUCGUAAAGAAAACUUGGGGCCGACAUGUGACGCAUUUGCAAUUCUUUAGCGAUAAAGCGGAUCCCAACCUUCCAUCUAUUGACGUUGGCGUGCCGAACACUAAAACCGGUCAUUGCUUGAAAACUGUCACCAUUUUGAAGGAAGUUGUAAAGAGGAUAGAGAAGUUGCCAAACAUUAAAUGGAUAUUUUUAGCUGACGAUGACACUAUUUUGGGGUUAUGUGAAAUCUUAAGUUGUUACCGAGGUGGUUCCGACCUUACCGUACUCGGCGAAAGAUACGGCUAUGGGUACGGAAAGAAAGAGCUGUCUCUUUCAUCGAAAGGCUACGACUACAUAACGGGCGGCGGCGGCACGGCGCUGAGCGCGGGCGCGGCGCGCGCGCUGGCCGCCUGCGCCUGCGCGCGCGCCGCGCCCGACGACAUGGCGCUGGGCGCCUGCGCCGCGCGCGCGCCCGCGCUCGCGCUCGCGCACUCGCCGCUCUUCCAUCAGGCUCGGCCUCAGGACUACCCGCGGGAAGUGCUCGCCCGCGACCGCCCCGUCUCCUUCCACAGACACUCGUCGCCCGAGCCCACCAGGGUAUACGCGACAUGGUUCCAACACGACGAUCUAGCUUUAAAAAGAAACAAGAGGGAUGAAUUG